AUGAAUUAUUACGUUCCGCUAAAGGAUGAGGUGAUCGAGAGACCAAUUGCGUCUCAUAUUUCGGAGACGCCUCGUAUAUUGGGAAGAAGAUUCGCUUUAACAUCCACCAAUUUUAAAUACCUGGAUAUUGGAAUCAGCGUCGGAUCUAUAUCUUAUGUGGAAAUACUUAUUGGUGACAACCGAGGCAAUCACAUUAUCCUGUUUCAUGGAAUGUGGAAGAUAGUUAUCUGUAAGAAAUUAGACAAAUUGAUACGAAGACGAAUAAACGUAAUGCCUCCGAAACCACAAGCAUUUCCAUUAACUUCCGUGGAAGAAGUUAAUCAUUUCAACGAUAUAAGUGACGAAGAUUAUGAGAACGUUGUUGAAUAUUUCAAAUUUUUGGGGGGUUUGACUCUUCACGACACCAUAAAAUACUGUUUCAAAGAGAGGUUAACGGAUGAGACCAUACGUCACUUUUCUGCGUGGGGAGAGCGAGGAAAUCUUCCAUUGUCAACGACGAAAUUAAUUAAAGCUGUAUACGAUGUCAAGACGGUUGUAUCAGAAAGUUUGAACGUCUUCCUCGAGAAAGUGAUAGUGAGUAAAAAAGUUGGUUCUCACGAAAAGUGGAAAAUAAAGUGUACGAGUAUAGCACAUGCUAUAAUCAGCGCGGCAAGACCCCGAUCGUUUUUGUCGCCGUUGCAAAUCGGACUCGCAGCGUUUUUGAACAAAAAGUACGCAUCUAGGAAAUUGCUCGAAGUAUUGUCAGCUUUAGGCUUCUGUUCAUCGUACCAAGAAGCAGUGCGUUUAGAGAUCUCUGCUAUAAUGCGUUCACCGAUAUCAAUCGAUUCUCAGUCAUUCUCACAGUUUGUAUUCGAUAAUGCAGAUUUCAAUACGCAAACAUUGGACGGCUUGAAUACAUUUCAUGCAAUGGGCGGAAUCCAAUGUCUAACUCCUUCAACAGCUAUUGCUCCCGAUCAAAAAAUUGAACGUCUCACGUUCAAUGCCACGUUCAAUGCUCACGAACAAUGCCAACAUCUAAAGUUGUCGGAAAUUUCGGAUCUGUUCCUCUCAUGA